AUGCUCUGCCCCAGAAGUUGCCAGUGUUAUUUUAAAGGUCCUGUCAAGUGUGUUGGAGACACCAUCACAGAUAUACCAAAGCAGCUGCCUGUCCACACAUACCUGCUGCAGCUUAAUGACACAAACAUGAACGUCAUAAAUGAGCAGAGCUUGGCAAACAUGGACCUCCUGUUGCGUUUCAGUCUGACUCACAGCCAUUUGCACACUAUCCAUCCCAGCGCCUUCCAUGUUGCUCCACAGCUUAAGUCUGUCAAGCUGUCGUCCAAUGAUCUCUCUACCCUCCCUGCUCGGGUUUUCAGUCCACUGAUCACUCUGGAGCAGCUGCAUUUAGACGGGAACCAGUUGGAGACCAUUGCUCCGGAUAUGUUUGAAGGACUUGUCAGGUUGCUGGAUCUGGACCUGAGCUGGAACAAACUUAGUAGUCCUUCUUCAAAUGUUUUUGAUGGACUGACCCAACUUCAAUUUCUGAACCUUGGCAGGAACUCCAUAAAGAAACUUCCACCAACUAUAUUUCACAACUUGACUAGUCUUCGCAAGCUUAUGAUCUAUAACAAUGAGCUAGAAGUGCUAGAAGCUGGGAUUUUUGAUGAACUUGUCAACCUUGUGGAGCUAAAAAUCCAUCAUAACCAGAUCACCAGCCUUCCACCUCAGGUGUUCUGGUCACUGAGGAACUUAACAAUACUGACCCUUUCCUCUAACCGGCUUCAAGCUAUCCCGGCAAAGAGCUUCUACAACAUGCCAAAGCUGAGCAAGCUUACCAUUUACAACAACCCGUUAUUAUCUCUACCAGACCAGCUGAUGGGUCACAUGCCUGACAUGACAGACUUUUAUCUGUAUGCCACUAACCUCACCACUGUUCCUGGGAAUUUGUUUGCAAACAUGUCUGGGCUCCGGAGCCUUAACCUUCAUUUUAAUGACAAGCUGAGGGAGUUGCCCUCAGACCUCUUCUGCUGCAUUCCCAAGCUUAAGAAGCUCUCAUUGAAAUCCAACGACCUCCAUUAUCUACAUCCUCAACUGUUUUCCGGACUAACCACACUGGGCAUGCUGCUUCUUAAUGACAAUAAGCUGCAGAGCCUACCAGAAAACAUCUUUCAGGGCAUCGGAGGGGUUUUGUCAGUUGAUUUGAACAAUAACCACCUUAAGACAGCUUUGAAGGCUCUUACUCUGAGUGGCAACCCCUGGGACUGUACUUGUAGUAUCAGAGGUAUUGCAAAAUGGAUAAGACAUAAUGAACAUGUGGUUCUUGACAGACAGGAUGUGAUGUGUCAGAGUCCAGUGCACCAACAGCUCCGUACCAUUGAUUCCCUGCGUGAUGAGGAGUUAAACUUUUGCGAUGCUGGGAUAGUCCAACCAAGAUAUCUUUCUAUACACGAGCCAACAAAACCAUUCCACACUAUUACAAUCAGCAGACAAACAUCAGUUGUAGCUUCAGAAACCACACCGCAUACAACAACAUCAACCCCCACUCAUGGAGCUACCCAACAAGUCACAACACCAACAACCACUCCAACUAUAAAACCAUCUACCUUACAUACCACCAUCCUACCAACAACUCUCCAAACUCCCACCACCACCACCACCCGGCCUAACGAGAAGUUCCAUCUCAUCAAUGAGAUUGCCUUGUCUGAUUACAUGUCCCGUCCUUUCUAUGACACAUUGGUGGUUGAACAGGGGCCCGAGUUUGUUCACCACAAACUUCACAACGGCUGGGUGUACGUGUGGUUUCUGCCCUCAGAUGAGGCUUUGACUGGGCUCCUCAUGUUUACUCACAUCCUUCUGGUGGCCACAGGCUUGUUCCUCAUUCUUGGUGCCAUGUUUUGCAUGUGUCGCCUCAUGGAUAAGCUGAAGGCGGAGCGUGCACAUCCUCCAGUGUAA